AUGGCCGCCAUAGUUGGUGCUUUUCUCAACAACAGAAGAAAAGAGAGGAUUUAUAGACAUUUUUCCAUCAACAUGAACUGUGAUAACACAGAGAUGAGACGCCGCUACCGUUUUGAUAACAAUGGGAUUGAAAUAAUUGUACAGCUGCUUGCCCAAGACCUUCAACGGAAGACUAAAAGGUCGGAAGCGGUGUCAGUCCGGGAGCAAGUUGUUGGUGAUUCUACUGGCCGCGACAAGUCAACAGUAUCAAGGAUAAUAUCAAAUGUCACGGACAGUAUGGUGGACAUAUCUCAUCAAUUCAUCACCUGGCCAAAUCGUGUUCAACAGCAGGAAAUCAUGCGGGAGUUCUUCACAUCUGCUGGAUUUCCCAACGUCAUAGGAGCUGUUGAUGGCUCACACAUACGUAUCAUUAUGCCGAAAGAUGGCCACGACUUCAUAAAUAGAAAGAAUUUCGCGUCGAUCAACGUUAUGGCUGUAUGUGACAGCAAAGGUACAAAACAUUUUUUGUUUGAAGUUGAAGGUCAAUAA